AUAGCAGCAAAACUGGUCUCAGCAGUCAUCUCCGUCGUCUUGUCGAAAAAAGCACGAUUUCGUCGUCGUGCGAGCAAUAUUCGUGAAAUUGUUAAAUUUUCGUGCGUGAUUCUGUUUCAAGUAGUGCAAAACUGGUGUGCGAUCGUAUUGGAAGCAAACGUUUCGUGUGACCUUCGCGGAAAAGUGAAGAAUAAAGAAAUCUCCAACCUCUUUUCAUCCCUUCCACAUUAUUUUUGUAACUCGCGAACAAGGGAGGAGAGGUGCGUUCACUGUUGAAAAAAAGCAGCGUAAUAGUUAAAGUUUUUGAAAAACCCUGUCCAAAAUCACCAGUUCGUCGUGGCAGUGCGAAUUUGCGCUUGGUUGUACGCGUUUUUCGUGGAUCUAAAUUCUGCAAGUUCGAACGCUGAUUUCCAUCGCUCUUGAGCAGAAGCAGCAGCAGCAGUACAUCAUCAGCAUCUUCCCAGCUGUUGUGCGGUUCGGACGCUGACGAGCCAGCAGAGUGUGCGAGAGAGAGAGAGGGAAAGAAGAAAAAAAAUAAACCAUGUCUUCGCAGCCGUCCAGUUCCGCUGUGCGAGCGUUGUCACUGGAGUACAAAAGCCUCCAGGAGGAACCGGUCGAAGGUUUCCGCGUCAAGCUGUUGAACGAGGACAACCUCUUCGAGUGGGAAGUGGCCAUCUUCGGCCCGCCGGACACUCUCUACCAGGGUGGUUACUUUAAGGCCCAUAUGAAAUUCCCUCCAGAUUAUCCGUACUCUCCGCCGUCUAUACGAUUCUUGACAAAAGUAUGGCACCCGAACGUUUAUGAGAACGGAGAUCUGUGCAUCUCGAUCCUGCACCCGCCGGUGGACGAUCCCCAGAGCGGCGAGCUUCCGUGCGAGCGGUGGAAUCCAACGCAGAACGUGCGCACCAUCCUGCUGUCCGUGAUCUCACUGCUGAACGAGCCCAACACCUUCUCGCCGGCGAACGUGGACGCGUCGGUCAUGUACCGGAGAUGGCGGGACUCGCAGGGCAAGGACAACGAGUACCCGAACAUCAUAAGAAAACAAGCCCAGGCUGCCAAGGCCGAAGCCGAGAAGGAAGGGAUCGUUGUUCCGACGACGCUGGAAGAAUACUGCAUCAAAUCCAAGACGAAACCCAGCAGUCAGGAACCACAGCUCGACAUGACAGACUUUUACGACGAUGAUUAUGAUUUGGAUACCGAGGAUGAUGACCAGUCGGUGGAGUCGUUUGCCGACGGUGAUGACAGCGGCAACGGUGAAUCAUAACAGACUAACUGAGCUAGUGUUAAUUUGGUUUAAUUUACGAUGUAUUUGUAAUAAACUAACAAUAAUCGAUUAAUGCAAAAAAAAAAAGAAGCAGAGAAACACUCUAAAAUGAAAAGAUUUAUUACAACCUACAAAAUGGAUGCUGUCAAAUCAUGUUUUCCUUUAAAAGCUUAUUUCCGAACAAAAUUAAAUGACAUCCGAUCAGAACCGUGUCAAAGCGAUUCAAGUUUCGCUCGAAGAAAUCACAUUAAAACAGUUACAUGGUUUACUUCUUCACGUGAAAGCAUCGUAAGGUUAACUGUAAAUAAAUGAAGUUUAAUUUAAAAUACCCACACACCCAAAUGUACUAUGAAUCUGUGUUUGGUUUUGGUCUAUUGGAUAAACGUAAAUGAAUGAAGCAGUUUGCUUGUGUAGAUGCAAGUAACGAUUAAGCUCACAAGACAAACAAUAAAAAUGAUACAUCAGUAGUUAACGUUGGCCAUGCUGGCCAAUCAGAAAGAGAAACAUAUUGUCCAGAUAAAACUCAAUCAUUCAAUCGCGCCCUUAUCUUGGAAUUCAUUUGAAAUAGACCGUAAUGUUUUAAUUGUUACAAUAUAGUUAAAGCAAAUUUCACCAUUGACCCGCUCAAUUUCGACCAUUUUUGUUUCGUUUUAUGUAGUAAUGUUUCCCCUAAAGUAUUUCUUCAUGCCUUGUUCCAUUUUGUACAAUAUUCGUUUAUUUCCCACCACAAUAACACAAGUCUCUGAUUCAUUUUGUUGAUAAAGUGCAGCGAAUGUUCGAAGCAAUAUUAAGUGGUAAAAUAUUCGUGGCAAAUAACAUUGAAUGAAUGUUAGGCUACCAGACAAGAACAUCAACAGAUAACCUAUCCCUCCUUCCUACCACCCAGAAAAAAAAACCACGAAUCAUCUCAAUCCUUUUUCUCAUAGUAAGUAGAGAGAGACACUAAGUAAGAUCGCGUGAAUUCAAAUUUAAAGCAAAAAUAAAACCCCCUAGCGACAUGUUCCAGCGGUACUUCAUUUUCUUCUAUUUUCGUUUUUUUUUAUUUUAGUUUUUUUUGUAAACAAUAUAGCGUAGAGUUACUAAUUUUACUUAGCCAGAAAAUAAACAAAUUAUUUUUUUU